CUUCAGUCACUUCCCACACUUAUCCGCAUCUAUCCACCACCUAUAUCCCGAUCCGACGUGCGCCCGACAUGUCUCCCGUGGCGUAUUCGUCCGCGCCGCUUAAGCAGAUGAAGCAGCCCGACCUGCAUGCGCCGCCCCCGCAGAUCGCGCUGGAGGACUUGACGCGCCGUGUGCGUGAGACGUCUGAUCGCAUCCAGCUCGCGCUGAGUCCAUUUGCGGAGCGUGUCAAGACGUUCGCGGAGGCGCGGCCCGUUAUCUUCACGUUCACAUCCAUCUUCAUUGCGCUCAGCUGCAUUCCGGCCGUGUGUACUGCCAUAUUCGUGCUGUGCGUCUCGGCGCUAUUUACUGGCAUCGCGAUAUUCCUCCUAUGCCUCAGCAUCGUGGGCACGAUUGGACUUGCCAUGUUUUUCCUCAUCCCCGUUCUGGUGAUCAUGGCGUCGCUCUCAGCGAUGGCCGUCGGCGUUCUCCUUGCGCUCUUCCUCGCCCACCGACUUUACCUUCACAUUCGCUCGGAUUGCGAGUACACGCCUGGUCUUUCUGGCGUGCUCAGCGGCAUCCAGAGCUGGGUCGACGAGACGCUGGGCCGCAUCGGCGUCGGCGCGUCCGAAUACGGACCCCACUUUGACGGGCGCAGCAUCGACUACCACCGCCCGACUCACACCGUGUCCAAGGAUGAGCAUGACGGUCGCGAGCUUCCUCGCAGGCGCGAGCACACUCCAACCCAAAAGACUCCUGAUCUAUCACAAGCCCCCGAGGCGUGGCACGACGAGAACCGCUCCAAAGUCUCGCCCGCCCCGAUGGCUAAGCAAGAGGUCAAGCACGAGCCUGAAGUGCAUGACAUGUUUUCCCCCGUGUCGGGCACCCCGAGUGGUCUGCGUUCCCGUUCAUCGCAGGGCUACGACGACGAGUGGGUCACCGAAGAGGUGGCGCGGUGA